CUGGUCUGUGCCUGUGUCAGUCAGAGGGAGGGGUGCACCACUAAUUUCUAUAUGCCUGUAUGUCAAUUGAAGAGCCAGAUUGGGUUCUCGUGCGGCGCUGUCAGUAGCAGCAGCAAACCUCACUGGACGUCAACAGCCUCGGUCUGGGAUUUCUACACGUAACUGGAGACGCUCGAGACGUGCGUCUACCUGCUCACACUGAACCUUUGGAUAUCGCUGCUACUUAAAACGCAUCCGCACGCUUCAGCCUCGUGGUUUUUUGCUUUUGAAGUGAACUGCGGUGUGUCUGAACUGCACGCCCAAGGAAAGACUCAUCACCAAAGUUUAAAGAAGACUUUACAACUUUGGAGUUACAUGUAGCCUACUAAGUGAACAUUGCGGUGAGUUCACUUGGUUUAUCAUCUGACAGAAGCGGAAUAUUCCUUGUGGGAAAACUUCAGACAAGGCUUUAAAAAAAAACAUGUUCAGCAAGUGCUACGUUGUGUUAUUGAAUGUUCUUUUUUUGGUGCGGGUGCUUUCGGCUAUUGAGUGCUCGCCGUGUAAUCUCCGGACUUGUUCUGUCAAAGCCCCGCACGGCUGCGAAGGUGGCCGGACCUUGGCCAGGGAUCCGUGCGGAUGCUGUGACCACUGUGCCCGGCUGGAGUGGGAGCCAUGCGGCGGACAGGACUGGGCGCACGGCUACUGCGCCCUGGGACUGACCUGCGCCUCUGUUAACAAAACAGGAGCAGCCACAAUCCCUGAAACUGGAGUAUGUAAAGUGCUCCCUGAUCAUCCAGAGGCUGGCCUGGAGGACGAGCACUGUCCCCUGAUGACAGGCUGCGAUAGAGCUGGAGGUCAGUGUGUGUGCGAUGCCCGUCACUCCUGCUUGGGCUCUUUCACCUACCCAGAUCAAGAAACCUGCAUGAAAGCCAGUAAGUCAGAUGUUCGCAGGCACGAGCACCUGGAAAGACACAAAGAGAAGUAUGUGGGACCAUCCAACCGGGCCUGCAUGUUCUCUGGGUGUAACCUGACCGCCGAGGGCUGUGUGUGCGAGUCUCAGAGCUGCCACCACCACUUUGCCUACAUCAACCGCAGCCAGUGCCAGGAAGCCGCAGAAGAACUGAGGUGUGCCGGACUGACGUGUCCCACUCUGCAGGUGCCCUCCUGCCCUAAGGGUUCAGUCCUGACCAAGAGUUACACGCCCCCUACUGGUUGCUGCCCCUCCAUACCGCCCCAGUGCACUUGCGACCUCCGUGCCUGCCGCAAGCCCCAGUGCCCAAGCGGACAGCGCGCCGUGCCACUCAGCCAGGCCAGCGGCCAGCCAGGAGACUGCUGUGAUGUCUUUGAAUGCCAGAAAGUCUCUCCCAGGUGUGUCCACAAUGGGAAGGAGUUUUCCGAGGGUGAGGUGUACCGCAUGGACCCCUGCUGGCUGUGUCAGUGCCGUGGAGGAAUCUCCUUCUGCUCCAAGGCAGAGUGCGCUGAGCUGGAAUGUGAAAACUUCUACAUUCCUGAGGGCGAGUGUUGCCCUGUCUGCAUAGAUGUGGAGUUAUUGUCAAUGGAUAGCACUAAGGCCAGUUGCUGGGUGAAUAAUAAGCUGCGGGGCCAUGAGGAGCAGUGGAAAGAGGACGAUUGCACCUUCUGCCAGUGUGUGGACGGAGAACCACACUGCACAGCCAUGGCCUGCAAACAGAGCUGCCAAUACCCUGUCAAGAUCCCGGGAGAGUGCUGUCCCUUCUGUGAAGAGCCUUCUUACGAAACAGUUAGCCCCAUGCUAUGCCCUCCUCUGGUAAACUGCUCCUUGUCAGGGAAUGACUGCCUCUACGGCUUCCAACAGGACAGAAAUGGAUGUCUGCUCUGCCAGUGUCUCAAUAAUGACUCCUGCCCUGACCUGGGAAAAUACUGUUCACUGCAAUGCCCAAUGGGCUACAAGAAGGAUGAUUUUGGCUGUGAUGUGUGUGAGUGCAGCAUACCCGUGCAAAGGUGCCGACCUUUGACCUGCACUAAGACCUGCCCCUAUGGAUAUGUGAGAAACAAGCAUGGGUGUGAGAUGUGUCGCUGUGUCAAGUGUCCUCCCUUCACCUGUGGCAAGCAGUGCAUCGACGGCUAUCGACAGAACAGAAAGGGCUGCUCCAUCUGCAUGUGUAAAGAAAGCGGCCAUGUCCCAAGCACCACUCCCCCGGCCCCGAUGCCCAGCUAUUGCCUCACCUCCAAUGGACACCGAUAUGAGGAAGGUGAUGGCUGGCACGACGGUUGUCGUGACUGCUACUGCCACUCUAGAAGGGAGAUGUGUGUGCUCAUUUCCUGCCCCGUACCCAGAUGUUCUCACCCAGUUGUAAGACCUGACCAGUGUUGUCCUACAUGUGAGGAUGAUUCAGGCAGCGGUCUGCCAGAGGGGAUGGACAUGGUGGUGUGCAGAGCACCUGGGGGGGAAUUCUAUGUGGAGGGGGAGACCUGGAACCUGGACGAGUGCACAAGGUGCACCUGCAGGAAGGGACGUGUCCUGUGCGACACUGAAGUGUGUCCACCGGCUCUCUGCCAGACACCAAUCAGAAACAAGAACACCUGUUGCCACGUAUGCCCAGAGGAGACACUAAGCCCCUUGCUGCCAGUGAACAACAGCCAGCAGGAGUACUGCAUAACCAGCGAUGGAGACGUGCUACUGGCUGGGGACUCCUGGAAGGCCAACGCCUGCACCAGCUGCACCUGCAACAACGGCACCAUUCAGUGUUUCUCUCAGCGCUGUCCGGCUGCCAACUGCAGGGUUCCCGUCUUACGCAAGGGCCAGUGCUGCCCACACUGUCUCGAAAUUACAACGUCAGUGCCAGUGAUAGUGUCUACCAACGCCCCCAAGACAAUGGUCCCUAUUACAGUGGAGAGUGCAGUGUGGAUGACCACAGUCACUGUACCACCUAUCAUUGCUGAGACAGAUGAGUCAGGUUUAGGUGAGAAUUACCCCAGCCAAACAGAGAUGGCCGUCAUCUACCAAUCAGCAGCCUGGAUCCUGGCAGGUCUCCUGCUAGCUAUUGUCAUCUUCCUCGUCGUGGCAUUACUCAUCAACAAGAAAAAGAAGUGGGUGCAGAUGUCCUGCUACAGCGCACCAAAGAAGACUGUGAUGCUAAAGAAGCACGUAAACAAGAACUCAGUGGUCUACAUGGAGCCCUCCAAGGAGAACAAAUUUCAGAAUGUGAAGAAUGACUGCGGCAUCAUCCAUUUCUCUCCAGAAAUGAACUCCACCUGCGCAGACAAGAUGACCAUCCCAAGGGCCAAGCUGAGCAUGGGAAACGACUGGACAAAGCGCUAACACACACACACA